AUGGCGCGUUACCUGGGCCCGGGCGACGGCGAGGGGCUUCCGCUCUCCCGCCGCGGCUCGUCCCUCCGCCCGGCGGGCCCCGGCGCGCUCCUCGCCCCCCGCCCCGAGGCGUCCGGGCCAGUCCGCCCGCUGCUCCGCGCCGCGCCGCUGCCCGCGCGGGCCGGGCCGCCUCCGAGCUCCCGGGCCGCCCCGCGGCAGGGCCGGGGCAGGGGGGUGCCCCUCUCACUGGGCGCCCGGCUCCCCUCACCCGCUCCCGCCCCCUGGGCGGCCGCGGAGCCAAGGGGAGGGCGGGAAGCGGGCCUCCGGAGGACAGCGGGCGGCUACGAACGCGGGCUCCGCCACUCGAGCCGCUCCGUUACCGCAGCGGCGGUGGCGGCGACGACGACCAGGGCCGUGUUGUUGCUGCCAACUUGUCGGGAGGACACUGAGCAUGCGCGCGCGGAGACCACAUCCGGCAGAGCACACAUGGCAUUCAGGAUCUUAGUUCUCCAACCAGGGAUGGAACCCAUGCCCCCUGCAUUCGGAGCUUGGAGUCUUAACCACUGGACCACCAGGGAAGUCACCAUAGUUUCUUUUGGGGAUAAUUUUCAGGAUCACUGGAACAAAGCAGCAGCUCUCUGGAUUGGUGGAACUACAAGUGUGUGCAUGCUCAGUCGCUCAGUUGUGUCUGACCCUUUGCGACCCCAUGGACUGUAGCCCUCCAGGCUCCUCUGUCCAUGGAAUUCUCCAGGCAAGAAUACUGGAGCGUGUUGCCACUUCCUUCUCCAGGGGAUCUUCCUGAUCCAGGGAUCGAACCCACAUCUCUUGCAUCUCCUGCCAACUGCACCACCUGGGAAGCCCCCAGCAGAAUUAUGAGUAAUCAUCUUCUUUUUUUGAAUCUCUUAAAAAAAAAAAAUCACUGGGCAUAUGCUGCUUUUAUGUUUAAAACUUUAUUAAAAGUAUACUAAAUAAGCAUGAGUAUUUGAAAACAGAGAUGAUUUGGGGUCUAUUUGGGCAAGUCUAAAUACCUUUUGAGAAACAGAAAAGUGC